AUGUCGAAAAUGGAGGAUGCUGAAAAAAUCAAGGAAUUCAAUUGUUCUGGAAUCGCCUCGGAAAUUUCAUCGCUUGCAAAUCAGUGUCUGAUGAAAAAGCGGGGGUAUACGACCAUCACUGAAACCCUUCUAUCAUCCGAAUGCAAUGCUUCUGGAAAUCCCUUCAUCGUCACCGAUGAUGGAACCGAUCGUAUCAUUCUGGUCCAUAAAAACUUCUAA